AAUCGAAGCCCAAGAACGAGAUUUGCCCCGACAAAUAGGGAGAGCGCUGAAGAUGGCUGAGGAGCAGCAUCCUGAUAUCAGGGUAGCUGACUCCGUCGUGUUCCUGGAUCGGGAGCACGAAGACGAGAGUUACAGGAAACUUUGCUCAGCAGUUUCCAAUGGCGUCUCCAUGAUAGUUGACAUAUCCUGGUAUCCGUGGGAAAUGGCAACCCAGUUAGCAGUAGACUCAGGGUUGCCACUAGUGAGGACGCUCCUCGGUUCCCAACAGUUGUUGUCGGCGCUGGACAGCUACCUGGAGUCGAGGAACGCCACAGACGCAGCCAUUUUGAUGGAAAGUGAGAGCGAUGUGGACAGGACUCUAUACGCACUCCUUGGAGAGUCCAACAUUCGUGUAUGGGUCCACGCAGGACUCACCAGGGACUCUGCCAGGGCCCUGAAGACGAUGCGGCCCGAGCCGAGCUUCUAUGUCAUAGUGGGCAGCAACGGUUUCGUCAUGGAUACCUAUAAACGAGCAAUUAAAGAGAAGUUGGUACGUCGAGAUUACCGCUGGAAUCUACUCUUCACUGACUACUCCGGCAGUAACCUGGAUCUCUCCCAGUUGGUGCUGCCGACGGCGAUGUUGCAUGUAGACCCUGCUGAAUGCUGCAGGCUCUCGAGUAGACGGGAGGACUGCAGUUGUCCUGCUGAAUUACAGAGGUCCCAGUAUAUACUCAAUGCCUUGAUCCAGUAUAUAACAGAUGUAUACUCCAGACUGGACAACGACCUCACCACUGUCACCGUGACUGUUGACUGUGACAGCAUCCAGGGUUGGGAGAUGAACAUCACCAGAGACCGACUGUAUAGGCAGUUCGCUGAAGAUACUGACCUCAGCAAUGAGACUGUCUUCUAUUGGGAUGGAGACAGGUCUGGUCUAUUUCUUCGUUCCCGCUUCAUCCUCUCAAUGUACAAGCCUGAUGAAGAUCUGCAGACUGUCGCCACCUGGUCAGCAGACGAGGAAUACCACCUUCUACCAGGGAUUGUGUUGGAGCCGUUGAGACAUUUCUUUAGGAUUGGUACAUCACCUGCUGUACCUUGGACUUUACCGAAGCUUGAUCCAGACACAGGGGAGCCGAUGGUGAACGAGGACGGCCAACCGCUUUAUGAAGGAUACUGCAUUGAUCUCAUUGCUAAGUUAUCUGAAACAAUGAAUUUUGAAUACGAAAUAGUGACCCCAAGAGGGGGCACGUUUGGCAUGAAACUGUCAAAUGGUUCUUGGGAUGGAAUUAUUGGUGAUUUGGUGAGAGGGGAAACGGAUAUAGCAGUGGCAGCUUUGACAAUGACAGCAGAAAGAGAAGAAGUGAUAGAUUUCGUGGCUCCAUACUUCGAACAGACUGGAAUACUAAUCGCAAUUCGCAAGCCGAUCCGAAAGACGUCUCUCUUCAAAUUCAUGACGGUACUCCGGACCGAAGUGUGGUUGAGCAUAGUCGGUGCUCUGGUCCUCACUGGCUUUAUGAUCUGGUUACUCGACAAAUACUCGCCCUACUCGGCCAGGAACGAUCCAGCGUCUUAUCCAUACCCUUGCAGAGAAUUCACCCUAAAGGAAAGCUUCUGGUUCGCCCUAACUUCUUUCACCCCUCAGGGAGGAGGGGAGGCUCCCAAAGCACUGUCAGGGAGGACCCUGGUAGCUGCCUAUUGGCUGUUCGUGGUACUGAUGUUAGCUACCUUCACUGCCAACUUGGCGGCCUUUUUAACUGUUGAGAGAAUGCAGACCCCGGUGUCAUCACUGGAGCAAUUGGCGAGACAAUCCAGGAUAAACUACACAGUGGUGGAAGGGUCGACUGUACACCAAUACUUCAUUAAUAUGAAAUUCGCUGAAGAUACGCUGUACAGGGUUUGGAAGGAGAUCACAUUAAACGCAACAUCGGAUCAGUCACAGUACAGAGUGUGGGAUUAUCCUAUCAGAGAGCAGUAUGGUCAUAUAUUACUAGCCAUAAAUGCUACGGGCCCAGUUCCUGACGCGAAGACAGGUUUCGACCAAGUGAAUGAUCACACCGACGCUGACUUCGCUUUCAUCCACGACUCGGCUGAAAUUAAGUACGAGGUGACCAGGAACUGCAACCUGACAGAAGUAGGGGAGGUCUUCGCGGAGCAGCCCUACGCGUUGGCCGUGCAGCAAGGCUCCAGAUUGCAAGAGGACCUCUCCAGAGCCCUGUUGGAGCUGCAGAAGGAGAGGUUCUUGGAGCAGCUGGCGUCGAAAUACUGGAAUGAUUCAAUGCGCCAGGCCUGUCCUGAUGCUGACGAGUCUGAGGGCAUCACCUUGGAAAGCUUAGGUGGCGUCUUCAUAGCUACUUUAUUCGGCUUGGGUCUCGCAAUGAUAACGCUAGCUUGGGAAGUAUUUUACUAUAAAAGAAAAGAAAGGAACAAGGUACAGAUCUUGGAGGCAAAUAUGGAAAAACCAGAGAGCAAGAACGUGCUAGAGAAGAAAGUGGACAAUUUCACAAAAGUCCGGAAGAGAGAGAAGAGUGGUAAAUUGAAUAAAAGUGGUAAAAAUGUAACUAUCGGUGAUAGCUUCAAGCCGGUUGCUGAAAAGGGUGUUUCUUUUAUAAGUGUCUACCCCAAAGGGGGAUAUAGGCCGUGAAGUUUAGAAAAUAAAUGUGUAGAUAUAAAAAAAUGUGUAUUAGCACUCAA